AUGGGAGCCCCCGGCAGAGAGCCUGGGCCGGCACCCCGUGCCCUGAGAACUCUUCUCUGCACUGCCCUGCUGCUCACGGGGCUGCUGGCCACAGGCCUGGCUCAGUUGCGGAUUCCUGCUUCGGUCCCCCGAGACUUCUGGGCCCUGCCUGAAAACGUGACGGUCUUGGAGGGGGCCACAGCUGAGCUGCGGUGCGGGGUCACUGCCCCUGGCAGCACAGUGCAGUGGGCCAAAGAUGGACUUCUUCUAGGCCCUGACCCCAGGAUCCCCAGCUUCCCACGGUACCACCUGCAGGGGGACCCUGCUCGAGGUGAAUUCUACCUGCACAUCACAGCCUGUGACCUCAGUGAUGACGCCGAGUAUGAGUGCCAGGUCAGCCGCUCGGAGACGGGCCCCGCACUUGUGUCUCCCAGAGUGAUCCUCUCUGUCUUGGUGCCCCCCAAGGUGCUUCGGAUGACCCCCGAGGCAGGGAGCUCGGUUACCUGGGUAGCUGGGCAGGAGUACACUGUUAGCUGUGUGACUGGGGAUGCAAAGCCAGCACCUGACAUCACCUUCCUCCAGAGUGGACAAACGAUUUCCAGUGUCUCUGCCAACGUGAAUGCGGGAUCCCAGGAGAAACUCUUCACCACUGAGGCCACAGCCAGGGUGACACCCCAGAGUUCGGACAAUGGGCAGUUGCUGGUCUGCGAGGGGUCCAGCCCAGCCUUGGACACGCCCAUCAGGGUCUCAGUCACCAUGAACGUUCUGUUCCCCCCAGGAACCCCUGUCAUUGAGUGGCCAGGCCUGGAAGAAGGGCACGUGCGAGCAGGGCAGAGCUUGGAACUGCCAUGCGUGGCCCGAGGCGGGAAUCCGCUGGCCACACUGCAGUGGCUGAAGAAUGGCCAGCCCGUGUCCACAGCGUGGGGCACAGAGCAUGCCCAGGCAGUGGCCCGCAGCGUGCUGGUGAUGACCGUGCGGCGGGAGGACCAGGGAGCACGACUCAGCUGUGAGGCCCACAACAGUGUGUCCACAGGAACCCAGGAACGUGGGGUCACGUUACAGGUCACCUUCCCCCCCAGUGCCAUUACCAUCCUGGGAUCUGUAUCCCAGUCUGAGAACAAGAACAUGACACUCUCCUGCAUCAGCAAGUCCAGUCGCCCACGGGUCCUGCUGAGAUGGUGGCUGGGCUGGAGGCAGCUGCUUCCCACAGAGGAGACAGUCAUGGAUGGCCUGCAUGGCGGCCACAUCUCCAUGUCCAACCUGACGUUUCUGGCGCGGAGAGAGGACAACGGCCUGACCAUCACAUGUGAGGCCUUCAGUGAGGCCUUCACCAAGGAGACCUUCAAGAAGUCUCUCACCCUGAAUGUGAAAUAUCCUGCUCAGAAGUUGUGGAUUGAGGGGCCCCCAGAAAAGCAGCAGCUCCGGGCUGGGACUCGGGUGAGGCUGGUUUGUUUGGCCAUUGGGGGCAACCCAGAACCCUCUCUCACCUGGUUCAAGGACUUGCGCCCGGUGACCGAGCCGCGGCCGCCCCAGGAGCCGCGGCGGGUGCAGCUGGGAAGUCUGGAGAAGUCGGGGAACACCUUCUCCCGCGAGCUGGUGCUGGUCACCGGUCCGUCCGACAAUCAGGCCAAGUUCACGUGCAAGGCGGGCCAGCUCAGCGCGUCCACGCAGCUCCUGGUGCAAUUUCCCCCAACUAACGUGACGAUCCUGGCCAACACAUCGGCCCUGCGCCCCGGGGACGUGGUAAACCUGACGUGCGUCAGCGUCAGCAGCAAUCCCGCGGUCAACCUGUCUUGGGACAAGGAGGGGGAGAGCCUGGAAGGCUUGGCCGCGCGGCCCCGGAGCGCCCCGUACAGAGGCUUUGCCGCGGCCAGGACCGUCGUUCUGCGAGUGUCAUCCCGCGACCACAGCCACCGCGUGACUUGCCGCGCCCACAGCGCCGAGCUCCGCGAAACCGUGAGCGCCUUCUACCGCCUCAACGUGCUGUACCCUCCGGAGUUUCUGGGCGAGCAGGUUCUCGUGGUGACUGCGGAGGAGCAGCGCGAGGCUUUGCUGCCGGUGACCUUGUCUGCCAAUCCCGCGCCGGAGGCCUUCAACUGGACUUUCCGCGGCUACCGCCUCAGCCCAGCUGGCGGCCCCCGGCAUCGCAUCCUGUCCGGCGGGGCUCUGCAGCUGUGGAAUGUGACCCGCGCCGACGACGGCCUCUAUCAACUGCACUGCCAGAACUCCGAGGGCACCGCGGAGGUGCUUGUGCGUCUGGACGUGCACUAUGCUCCCAUCAUCCGCACCCUUCAGGAUCCCACUGAGGUGGAUGUCGGGGGUUCAGUAGAAAUAGUCUGCACUGUUGACGCCAAUCCCAUCCUCCCAGGGAUGUUCAGUUGGGAGAAGCUGGGGGAAGAGGAAGAGGACCACAGCAUGGACGACAUGGAGAAAACGUCAAAGGGGUCCACAGGGUGUCUGAGGAUCCACCAUGCCAAACUGGAACAAGCUGGCGCAUACCAGUGCAUUGUGGACAAUGGGGUGGCACCUCCAGCCCGAGGGCUGGUCCGUCUUGUUGUCAGAUUUGCCCCCCAGGUGGAGCACCCCACUCCCCUAGGCAAGGUGGCUGCAGCUGGAGACAGCACCAGUUCUGCUACCUUACACUGCCGUGCCCGAGGUGUCCCCAAUAUUGUCUUCACUUGGACCAAAAAUGGGGUCCCGCUGGACCUCCAGGAUCCCAGGUACAUGGAGCACACAUACCACCAGGGUGGGAUCCACAGCAGCCUCCUGACCAUUGCCAACGUGUCUGCAGCCCAGGAUUACGCCCUCUUCACAUGCACAGCCACCAACCCCCUUGGCUCGGACCACACCAAUAUUCAACUCGUCAGCAUCAGCCGCCCUGACCCCCCAUUGGGAUUAAAGGCCGUGAGCAUGACCCCACACUCAGUGGGGCUGGAGUGGAAGCCUGGCUUUGAUGGGGGCUUGCCACAGAGGUUCCGCAUCAGAUAUGAGGCCAUGGGGACUCCAGGGUACCUCUACAUGGAUGUCCUACCACCCGAGGCCACCACCUUCACACUGACUGGGUUGCAGCCUUCUACACGUUACAGGAUCUGGCUGCUGGCCAGCAAUGCCUUGGGGGACAGUGGACUGGCUGACAAGGGGACCCAGCUCUCCAUUACCACUCCAGGCCUGGACCAGCCUUCUGGGGAACCCGACUAUCAGCCUCCCACAGGGCAGCCUGCAGGACCCUCGGGGCUGCCCCUGCUGCCUGUUUUGUUUGCUAUUGGGAGUCUCUUGCUGCUUUCCAAUGCCUUCUGCGUUGGGGGAUUCCUCUGGAGGUGGAGACUGAGGCAUCUUGCUGAGGGCACCUCGGAGAAGACGGAAGUGGGAUCAGAGGAGGACCGGGUCAGGAAUGAAUAUGAGGGGAGCCAGUUGACCAGAGACCGGGACACUCAAAGCUCCACGGUCAGCACAUCAGAGGCAGAGCCAUAUUACCACUCCAUGAGGGACUUCAGCCCCCAGCUUUCCCCCAUGCUGGAGGAAGUGCCUUAUCCCAGAGGGUUCACAGGUCUUGAGAAUGAAGAUAUGGCCUUUCCUGGGCCCCUAUACAAUGAGGUGGAAAGACUGUAUGCCCCAUCUGGGGUCUGUGGAGCCCUCUACGAUGAAGUGCCGAUGGGCCCCUAUGACCAUGACUGGCCUGACCACAACUAUGAGAAGCCAAGAGGAAUCUAUGACCAGGUGGCAGGAGACUUGGACACUGCAGAACCUGAUCCUCUACCCUUUGAGCUGAGGGGACAUCUGGUAUAA